UUUCUGUCUUUCCUGUGUUCCUCAGUUAGGCUCAAUAGAUUAAGCCUGAUUGGCCGUAAUGAGUUUAGGGACCUCAAAAAUGACUGGAAAUAUGCUGGAAGUAUUGAGAAUGGUUCUCACUCUUCUACUUCUUGCUUCUAUCCGUCAAGGGAUCCAGGGUGCUGAGUUGUUCCGUUAUGAAAAGAUGGAAGCUGUAGUGGGCCAGAAUGUUUCCUUACCCUGCAUUGUAAAAGGUCCUACUGAUAACAAGAUUGUCAGUAUUGAAUGGAGUAAGGAAAACACAAAGCUGUGUGUGUACAGCCAACUUUAUGGAAUCCAUCUAUUCUGGAAAAAUAUUACCAUCCAGAUUGAGAACAACAGUGCUGAUGCACUGGGUUCCCAUUUAAAACUUUCUGAUGUGAAGAAAUCGGAUGAAGGCAUCUAUGUUUGUGACAUGGCCACCUUUCCUGAUGGAUCCAAAAAGGUUGAAACACAGCUAAUAAUCAAAGAUGACAUUAAAAUAACAUGUGAUGUGAAUGGCACUGUUGAUGUCCAAAAUGGAGAAAAUGUGACAAUUCGCUGCAGAUUAUUUCCAAAUGCAGAGUACAGCUGGACCAAGAAUGAUGAACUGUUGUCAGAGACUGAAUCUCUGGAGCUCGUGAGGGUGACUGAUGCUGAUGCAGGGGUUUAUACACUGACUGUCAACACAGGAAGCAAACAUGUGCAUGAAGAGUUUGUGGUCACAGUGCUAACGACAACCACAAGUUUGAAGACAGUGUCAUCAUGGGGUAUGACUGUAUCAGCAGACAUCGGUCUUACUACAUCAGCAACACCUGAGCUUUCUACUCCCAACAAUGGCAUCACCACCACUGGAUGGAUCUACCACCUCCUUUCAAUCUUCACCUUCAGUCAAGUAUACAGCUGCAAGAUAGAGCAAGACUACAACAGAGCCAAGCAAAUGUAGCUCGGUGCAGAGGUG